AUGAUGAGCACAAUGUACGCAAGGUUUUCGUAUGGCAUUGGACUGGAGCCUACUACUAGUAAGAGCAGCUCGUCCAAGGGACAACAAUCCUUCAAGCUUGCUGGCAUUCUGGCUCUAUGUGUGCUACUAGCGGUGGCCCUUCCAGUUGCAUUCGUCAUUUCUUCAUUGAAGCAUCCUGGGACUCCCAAUGUGCAAGACUCGACAACGCCAAUCUCGAUCGAAGUACCCACAGGUAUCUCCAUGGAAACCAUCACGGGGACUUUUGCACUAGACGCACGGACUCUCGAGGAGGAGAACAAAGAUCCCACUGCGGACCACAACAAUAAUGGGGAACCUAAUGAUGGGUACUGUGAGUGGCCAUGCAAAAAGUAG